AUGGCUGAAUCAAAGAAUGUUGCAUUGGUCUUUGGGGCCAGCGGUAUCUCUGGCUGGGCCGUCACCAAAUGCGCUCUCUCAUACCCCACGCCCACCACCUUUGACAGAGUGAUCGGCUUGACGAAUAGGCCGUUAUCUCUGGAGAAAAGUGGUUUACCGCAUGACCCUCGACUGGAGUUGCAUUCCGGAGUGAAUUUGCGGGGGAAUCUUGAUGAAGUGCUGUCCCAGUUGCAAGCGAAAGUUCCCGACCUGGAAGAUGUCACCCACAUGUGUUAUCUUGCGUACUCCAAUGCAACUGCAUACUCCAUGGAUGUGCUGGCUAUCCGGGAUAUCAAUGCGGGAAUGACAUACAACGCCGUGCACACUGUGGACCAGCUGUGCAAGAAUAUGAAGUUCUUCGUGCUUCAAACCGGAACAAACAAUUAUGGAGUCGCCGUGUUUCGCUUCCAAGAACACAUCGAGAUCAAUCCUCCUUUGCGCGAGGACAACCCGCGCAUUCCUUCGCCUUGGGGAGACGAGAUCUUCUACUAUGCGCAGGUCGACCUGAUCAAAGAAGCCAACAAGGGAAAGUCUUGGAAAUGGUGCGAGGCUCGACCAGAUCAGAUCAUCGGUGCGUAUCCCUUGUUCUUGCGUUUGACCCUGCUGACAUCGUCGGUGGCCAGGCCACGUUCCCAUUCCCGCAAGCAUGACAUAAUAUACCGCUACUUGAAUGGCCCCAGUGCCACCGUUGUCUUCCCAGGGCCCUACACAAACUAUAUCCACACGUAUACGUCAUCCUCGCAGGAUAUCAUCGCCCGUUCGGAGCUUUACCUGUCUGUCGAGAAGCCAGACCAGGCGCAUGAAGAGGCAUUUAACACCGCCGACAGCGCCACUCCCGCACCUCGGUCCCUCGUUUGGCCCAAGAUGUGUGAAUACUUCGGUCUUAAUGCUGAAGGCGCAUGCCCCGAGGACAAGGGCUGGAAGGACAUCGACAAGUGGUGGUUCGCGCACCAGGACGACUACAAGAAGAUGUGCCAAGAGUACGGUCUGCGUCCUCGCGAGAUUUCCGGGGCGACUUGGAUUUUCCUUUCAGCAGGCUUCAGCUUUCUGGGUCGCAACCGCGAGUUGAGCUUCGAUAAGAUCCGGAUUGUGGGUUUCACGGAGGAGUACCCGGUUGCGUAUGGGUAUUUCCAGGUGUUUGAUCACCUGGUUCGGGAGAAAAUUAUUCCCAGCAAAGAGGCUUGGACUAAAUAG